UAGAAAACAAACUAGAUGGAUUAUAUUAUAAUACCAGUGAAUUUUAAAUAAACUACUAACUUUUCAGUAAGAUGUCUCAAAGCAUUAACAUUAACUAAGAGAGCUUCACAAGAUUAAUCCAGUACAUUUGUUGAUAUUCUUAAUUAUGUAUGGAAAAUCAGAAAAUCCAAUUCAUGCAUCUGUUUACCAAUCAUCAAUUCUUUCAUCUCAAUCACUCUCUUCACCUGCAUCAUCGAAGAAAUCCAAUCAAACAAUAGUGAGUGCAAGAAAAAUACACAAUCCAUUGAAUAAUGACAUUUUUCCAAUACAACAACCGAACAGUACUGUUUGUAUUGAUGACAAUACUGAUAAUAAUAAUAACAAUGAGGAUUUUCACCAAACUAUAUAUCAAACAACGAAAGCGAAAAAUAACAGCCAUAGAAAAAUUAAAGGGAAUAAUAGAAACCAAAAAUCAUCAUUAUUCAGACAAAUCUUUCCUUGUUGCUUUGAUAUCAGAUCUAAACAAACAAAAAAUUCUUUUCUUAUUAGAUCGAAUGAUAACAGUAAAGAUUAUGACGAUAAUGGAAACAAACAAAGGCUAGUCAGUGAGUCAAUGGAUACAGAAGUUGAUUAUUUCGACAAUUCAGAUCAAGCUACUCUAAGAUUAAAGAAUUCCUUAAAAAAUUAUAAAGAACGUCAAAAAUAUAAAUCUAUCAUCCGUGAUGCUCCAUUAUAUCAAAUAUAUACGGAGAAAGCUUCAGUUAGUGAAUCAAGACGUGAUGCACAACGAAUAUUAGCUAUCGUUCAACCGGGUUCUUUGAAUAACCCAUCAAAUAAUUUAAAAUUUGAUGAUGAACAAUUUACUUCAAUAGACAGUGAUUCAUCCGAUCCAAAUAGACAGUCUUCACAAAAGUUACCUGAUAAUUUAAAAGAUAGUCCACUAUCAUCAAUUCAUAUGAGAAAUUUAGAAGUAAGAAAUUCAUCAUUUCGUUCACCGAAUUCCUUAUUUGGAUCUAGAAAUAGUACCCCACUGAAAAAUUCUCCAUUUAGACGCAAUCAUUCUGCUAGUGAAAGAAUUAGAAAUCGAAGUUAUAAUCCUCAGCCACGUAGAAAGACUCAAGAAGUUCAUGAUUUUGUGAAUGAAGUUGCUGGAACUGGACCUAAUCGUGUACAGUGGUUUGAAAUGCCUCAAGUGGUUAGUGCAGACUUGGCACGGGAUCUUCCUGAAUAUCAAAAGAAACUGCAAGAGGCACUGUUUGAGGUUAUAACGUCAGAAGCGUCUUACUAUCGAACCCUGCAUAUUUUAAUGGAAAAGUUUUAUGAAGCCCCAUGUAUGCAGCCAGAUUCUAAAACAGCUGUUAUAACGGCAAUCGAAAAGCGACACUUAUUUUCCAAUAUAUCAGAAAUAUCUUGUAUCAGUGAACAAUUUCUUCGAGAUUUGGAAGUAUAUUUUGUUGAAAAUCCAUUGAUACCACAAUUAUGUGAAAUUAUUUAUGAGCAUGCUGAAUUUCACUUUGAAAGUUAUGUAAAAUAUGUACAAAAUCAAAUGUAUCAAUUAAGAACAUUAACAAAACUUUUAUCUUGCCCGACUUUUGUAGAAGCUAUUCGUGAUAUACAACAACAGCCAAGUUGUGGAUAUCUAGAUCUCAAUUCAUUCUUAUUACUACCUAUGCAACGGGUUACACGUUUACGUCUUUUAUUAUUGGCUAUAUUACAUUAUGCUCCUAAAGACAGUGCCACAUAUCAAAGUGGUUUGGUAGCUCUCGCAUCUAUAGAAAACCUUAUCAGUAAAUGUGAUUCAGAAAAAGCUCAUAUGGAACAAAAAGAACGUCUUGUAGAACUUUGUAGAAGAUUAGAAUACAAAUAUGAUGCAAAGUCUUUGGCUACUGAAAGUCGGACGCUCAUAAAAGAAGGGGAUCUACGUAUUUUAACAAUGACGAAUUUACAGGGUAGUGGAUUCCAUCGUCGUUUCAGCAGUAUCCGUAAGCAAAAGGCAGCAGUCGCAACUUUAUUUCUGUUCAGUGAUUAUUUAUUAAUCACUAAAAAGCGGAGUCAUCAACAAUUGAUGGUUGAAGAGAGUUGUGCCUUGGACUGUGUUCAUGUGGAGGUUAAAAGUACUGUGCCAAAUUGUUUCGUACACCAUUUCUGCAAAUCUGGAGAUCCUAAUCUAAGCGUACAAUUAAAACAUGUAACUUUUACAAAUACAUUGGAACUUCCAAAACAGACUGCUAAUGAACCAAAAAAAGUGAAUUAUCCAAAAGCACUAAAGCCUUUUACCGAUACAACAAAUACAGCAGAUGUUGGGAUCACCGGAUUCUCGUUUCUUCUAACAAUAGAACGCCCUGAUCAUCCACGUGCUCAGUAUUUGUUUCAAGCAGAAACACUUUCAAAAAGGGAGCGUUGGUUGGAUGGUCUUUCUAGUGGCCGUCAUGGAAUCCCUGAAAAUCUAGGUUCGGGAAUCUGUGAAUGUCCUCAAGUACUCAUUACUAAAUCUUAUGCUGCUCUAGAAUGUGAUGAACUAGAAUUAAAAGAGGGAGAUCAAGUUAAUGUACUUAUCUGUCUAUCAGAUGGCUGGCUCAAAGGAGCACUACCUGAUGGUAGACGUGGCUGGUUUCCAAGUCAUAUUUGCAUUGAAGUCAAAGAUUCAUCGAUGAAACGUGAAAAUAUGAAGCAUUUUAUGCUAAUGGAAGAAGCUAAAGUAGCCUACAGCAUGAGAAAAAAUCGCGAGAAAUUUGAUGGUUUCCCUAAAGUGAAAGACCUUCGAAGAAGUAAUCGAGAAACAGGAAUAAUUAAACAAGGAUAAUACAUUACAUAAAUAAUGAAUGAUAGUAAACUAUUUUGAUAGUGAAUGAAAUCAUGUUUUUAUUUUACUCCUUUCUUAACACAAUUUUCCUGUUUUUAUACUGGUUGAUCAAAAUCUGUGUUAUAUUGUAAUAUCGUAGGAAAAUCAUAAUUUUACUUCAUUUUAUUUUUAAAUCACAGAUUAUAUAAACAAUAGUCACUGCUUAAUGUCUACUUGUCAAUGAAUCAAACACUAAAAGAGUAUAAUAAAUGUGGCCAUAUUUAAACUUGUCAAGUUUUUGUUAAGUUUAGAUAAAUGUCUAAAUAUGCAACUUUUUGAAAAUAUUCCAACUGCAUCGAAUUAAUUAUUAGUAAUCUGAAUUUAAUUAUGUAUAAAGUACC